GAAAGAAUCUAAAAAAGAGUGGAUGUAUGUAUAUGCGUAACUGAUUCACUUUGCUGUCAGCAGAAGGUAACACAACAUUGUAAAUCAACUAUCCUUCAAUAAAAAUUUUUUUAAAAAAUAAAGGUUCCUUAGAAUUCCCCUGUGAAACCAAAAAAAAAAGAAGAGGAAAGAAAAGAAAAGAAAAAUCAAUGCAGGUCAAAAUUCACCUUCUCUAAUCAACUUGACUUUGAUGUUUUUUCAAUCCUCUCCUCUGAAUCAUCCAGUAGUUUUACAUAUUGUAUCUGUAUGAUAUUUGGCCCCUGCUCAUAAACACAUUUUUCUUUUUUUUUUUUUGUCUUAUAUUCAAGCCCUUUGGUUGCAAAGAAUGGAAGCCCUGUUUUGUAAGAAUACAGGUGACCUGGAGAGUCGAGCAGCUGGGGGACUGGUUUUCUUUGUGUGCUUGUAUCGCCCCAUCGAUCUGUCCCAGUCAGCUCACUCUCUGGAUUGACCUCCUAUUCCCUCACCAUUUGACUUCCAUUUGUUCAUUCAUUCAUUCACUCAUUCAUUCAUUCACUCAUUCAUUCAGCUAGUUACUGAGUUUGACCACAUGUCAGGGGUGGUUCUAGCACAUACAGUUUGAGUCGCUCUGAUCCUGACUCAAAAUCAUGGCCUCCUUUAACUCCACUUGUCAAAUUCUCCACGUUUUUUAGUUCAGAUUCCUGUGGGUGAGAAAGUGAUUGGCCUAGGUUAUGCCAGGCCACGUUUAGACGGCUGGACCUUCUGUAGCCCCGUGCCUGUUCAUCCAGAUGUGGCUAGAGGAGGGGGGUGGAGGCCUGGGCAGGGUAGGGCUGUCCAACUCACUCCGUACACCUUCUUAGGUCCUACCUGUGUGUCUGUGUCAUCUCCCUACCAAAGCGUAAGUCACUCACUAAGCCUCUACCAUGAUCUACCAUGAUGUUACAAGGCUAACACAAUCAGUCUUUCCUUUACAUGGAGUUGGGCUCGUUGUGGGCAGAGGACAACAGUCAUAAACUCCCUGCCACUCAAGGAAAGCACAGCUAGUAUCAGGGCGUUCCCUGUGGUGGAGAACAGCUGGUCCCAUCGCGUGAAUGUAACACUCUUGGCCUUAUCUUUGAAGGUAAAGGUGAAGAGAAAAUAGGAACUGGAGGAAGAUUAGAGGCGAGAAAUAUAAAGUGAGUCUCAGUUUCAAAUUCCCGUACAUGGAAAUAAAUGGAAUUACAGUCCAGGUAAGAGCCAGGCUGUUUUUACUCGACACCUGUCUUCAGUUACUCAGAUCACAAUUCCUAUUAAAACGCAAAAUUUGUGGAAGAAAUUAUAAUACAUUGUAGCACUAGAUGACUCAAGACCGAGGGUUAGGAGGUUAAAAUCUAGUUUGUAUCUAGUAUCAUUUAAACAGAAAUUUUGUCAGGGAUGAUACAGAGAACUGAUGUCGAUGGCAUGCUAUUAGAAAUAGUUGCCUUGACAGAACCGCUGCUCAGAUGGUUUUCUGCCCCAUCCUUUCGUAUUCUUGCUGUCCUUCCAAGUCUCUUCUUUCAUUUGUGAGGGCUUCUGCUCCACGUCAGUGGAUUCGAGGUCAAAGAGGGUAACUUGACCGCUGGAGGAGCCACCUGUCUGAUUACCCUGCAGUGGGAGGGCAGGAGGUGUGACUCCUCGGGGCCACCCCCAGAAUCCUGGGUGCACCCCGAGAGCCAGGCAGUCCCGGGGUCCCUUCUGCGAAGGGCCUUGGGGGAGAGAAGCUGAGAGAAAUGCACGCGGUGGUCGGGUGGUGAGGUGGGGUGGCAUCUGACACAAAGCCAGCAGGUAGGAGGGGUUGGGUCAGCGUGUGUGGGUGCUGGACUCUCCUCGUCGCUCCUGCACUUGCUGUAUCAGGCUCCUCUGUGGCGCCCAGGUGGCUUCCCUGUCUCUAGGUUAAUACCAUUCCUGCCCUCCCUUCACAUCAGCACCAUCCCUCCUUUCCAGGAGUUCAAGUGACUCCUCUGUUCAGAAAAUGCUUUUUGACACAGACACACAUGUGCACACACGCACACACACACGCCCCAAAUCCUUCAUGGGACAUGGACGUUCUGACCCCAGACGAUUUUUCUAGCAUCACUUUCCCCUGGGUCCUGCCAUACACACCGGACUCACCACCAUUCCUCCCUCCUUCUUUACCUGCCUGAAAUGUCACUGACACCCCAACACCCACCUUCGGGCCUCAUCAUCAUCUUUCCCUCCCCUUCCCACAGCCCAAAGAGGGAGUUCUCUGGGGUACCAUGACAUUUAGGCUGUACUUCUGACCUCAGUUAAUUUUUUGUUGCCGUAGGUUUGUUUCCUCCAUGGAUUGUGAGCGUUUUCAAGGCAGGAACCUUUGUCCCUCAUUCACUGUUGCACCCCACACCCAGCAGAGUACUCAUCACAGCUGUUCCAAAGCGGUUUGCAAAGGAGGGAGAUUCAUGGGGACCACUGUUGUCUUUUAAAUAUUUGAUAUUUGCUUUUGGACUAGAUAUAGAUAACUCUGCAUGUGUCGGUCCUGACAACCAGUUCCUCGUAUCACCAUGUUAGCUUCCUGACCCGCAAAAUAAAAAUAAUGCUGAUCUGUGUUGCAUAGCAAUCAAUGUGCAAGAACGAAUAAAUAUUUCAAGUACCAGGAAGAAGUCUUGUUAGGAGACUGGCAAAGUGAAUCCAAACUCCCUUUUCAAGCACUUGGAAGAAAAAUGAGGGGUCAUUCUCCUAGAUGAAGACUCAGAUUUUGGGUUUUUCUCUUUGCCUCAAUUUGCUUAGAUAUAAAAAUAGGGGAUUGGGGGCUUCCCUGGUGGCGCGGUGGUUGAGGGUCCGCCUGCCGAUGCAGGGGACACGGGUUCAUGCCCCGGUCCGGGAGGAUCCCACAUGCCGCGGAGCGGCUGGGCCCGUGAGCCAUGGCCGCUGAGCCUGCGCGUCCGGAGCCUGUGCUCCGCAACGGGAGAGGCCACAGCAGUGAGAGGCCCGCGUACCGCAAAAAAAAAAAAAUAAGGGAUUGGAUUAUGUCUCUUCUUCCCCUUUAACUCUAAAAUUAUAUUAUUGCAAUGGUUCUACUUAACAAGUGUUAAAUAUUACAUAAAUGUUUUUUUGUGCUCAAAUUCACAAUAAAGACUACAUUAAAAGACCCCGCUUUUACCGAUGCUCCAAAGCAUAUUCUGAAAUUCAUUUGACUUGUAGUAACGGAUGUGCAAACACAUUAAGUGAUCACUUCCACAACUGCUCUGUUUCUUUAAGAGACCUCGGUUGUUAAGUUGGAAGAUCACUGAACCAUAUGAGGGUCAAUAAAAGAAUAAAAAGUCACUGGUUAGUGAUUCGAGUACAAGGAACUUGAUCCCAGUUCAGUGUCUGUGUGUCCAUAUGCCGCUCCCGGUCAGAGUGGGAGCGUCUGGUCCCCAGGUGCUCGCCCUUCCAGGAUGGCUUCGAGGAGACUGAUGAAGCUGCUGUUCUUUGAGCUCCUUGAGCUUGCUGCCUUCUCUGUCCCCACGCUGGUGAUAAUGGAACAGUUUGCCGAUGCCUAUCAAAGCACAACGGGUACACCUGGCAAAGCGCAUUAUUGGCUGAUUGUUUCCUGUUCCAUCGCCUAUGUAUCUUCAGUGACUCUUUUGAUUUGGGUUCCCGUGAAAGUUCUCUUGUACAGGAAACGUCAUCUUUACCAAAAAAUCAAAGGAUGGAGACCUGUUAUGAUGAUGUGUGUAAUCCUCACCACACUUCCCAGCUUCAGCUUCUCUAUAGCAGUGACCAAGGUUCAAAAGAAUAUUAAUGGUUCCACUGAUAUGUUACCUGACCUGCCAGUCUCUUUGGUUCUGACCUGCUUGAUCAUGGUUGAUAUUAUUGAAAAACUCAGGACAUAUCCUCUUAGAGGGAGGCAAAAGAGUAACGAAGACAGGCACAUCCACACGACCAGUUUGCAGCAAAUAAAAACUGUGACGGAUGAAUUGAGGCAAAAUGAAAACCUGACACCUUUGCAGCCAGCCGGGAGGACGCGGCUGUCAUGGCUACCAGGAGCCACAACAGAGGGCUCGACUCCUGAGCUGGAGGGACCCCAAGAGCCCACCUUCGAACGAGGAAUCCUUAGAAUGAUGUCGCAGCAGGAUGUGCGCGCUGAGAUCUUCCUCUGGAGCUUUCUGCUGUGGUCGGACACCAUAGAAAUGGUGCGGGUGGCCGGGCACCCCAAAGUGUUCACGUCAGGCUGGGUCUACCCCGUCUACAUCUUCAGUUUCAUUUCUCUUCUUCGAAUGAUACUGACUCCCCGGAACCCGCUUCUGAAUUCCCUGGGCAUUGUGCUCCAGGAUCUACCCUUUAUCUUUGUUAGACUUAGUUUAAUCAUUGGCCUGGGAACGAUCACACCCGUCUUGGGCCUUUGUAAAAAUGUACUCGUGACUCUCUCUUAUGUUUACUUCAAUUACUUAACCAAAUUCAGGAUUUUCUCUCCCUUUGAGAUAUCUUUUUAACAAGGAAAUGUCCCAUAGUCAAACCUCUUUGUUAUGCACAUGCAUGCAUUUAUAAUCUUUUGGGGGGGCAGGGAUAAAUUUUUGUGCUAUAGGAAGAAAUGAAGAAUAGAUGCUAGAGAAACUAUUUUUAAAAACUGUAGCAUAUCAAUUUUUAAAGUGUAUACAAAUGGUGCUAAAUUUAAGCAAAGUUAUAGUCUUCUAAGUUGGUUCCCCUUGAUCUCUAGAAAAUGUGAAUAGUUAAUUUUAGUUACGUAUUCUGCACUUUUUCUAAAAGCACCCUUCAAUAAAGCCUCUUAAAAAUUAGAACAUGUUUUCCCACUAAGUCCAAGAAUGAAAUUUUUUUAUAUAAAGUGCAUCACAAGAAUUAGUUAAAAUUAAUUUUAGGAAAUACACUUGUAAUUAUGGAAUAAUGUUUAAACUCUUUAAAAACAUUUGAAUUGUAGUUUUAGGGUCUCCUUCAAAUAUGGAAUUAUGC